GCGGCGCCGAGGAUUGUGGGUAUUGUAGUUCUCGCAUGUCGGAAAGCCCCUGACUUACCAUGGAGUCAUGACUACAAUUCCCAUGAUGCUCCGGCGCGGCGCCUGGCUCGGGGCGGGAUGCGGUGCGGUUCCAAUGUAUCAGUCACACUUGUAUUACGUUCUGCUGCCAGGAUACAGAGGUAUGGAGACGUUGCCGGCAGACAUGGAGGUGCAGUUGAUGGAACACAUACGUCACACGCUGACCCUGGACAGGAACAAAGAUCUGAUCAUAGAGAAGCUCCUGAGCCUCACCCUGGAGAUCAUCCACCUGCUGACCACCGAGGAUUUUGUUGUUGUGAGGAAGUCACGUGAUCACCUCAAAGAUGGCAGCAUCCCCUCCGUCCCGGAUAGAGGAAGCGAGGCCGCGAGCCCCAUGGCGGAGUCCCUCUCCGGGGCGGAGGACGGCAGCUUUCACCAGAUGGACCUGCAACCCACCGUGACCUCUCAGAAGGAAACCAAAAAGGUUUUAAUAAAACAUGAAGAGGUGCCCAGCCUGUCCCUGAAAGAAUGGGACCAUUCAGGGUUCCAUAAGGAGGACAGUGACCUGGAUACUCCACAGACUCCGCGCUCAGUGGGUGACGGCAAUGAGAAGACAGUGGAAAGCUGUGAGAGCGCCCCCUAUCCUCGGGACUGUAUGGCAGAAGAUAACCAUGUUAUGGCUCAGGGUUAUCAGGUACAGGCAGAAGAUAUCUGGUAUACUGUGUUCCUGGACUUUUGUU